AUGAGCCAUUCCAAUGGGUUGGUGGGUUGGGGAAUGGGCCAUGCCGACCAAACCCAUCCGUCUUCAGCUCCUCCGUUAAGCUCCUUUGGACUGGAACUCGCCUCGCAUCCUCGAUGGACAGCACGUUCGUUCCUACGAGUUCAGCUCACUGGAGAGGAAGACGAGUCGAGCAUCGAAAGAAGCACGAGAGGUCUUUCGCACGAGUCGAGCACAUUCGUCGAGCACUUUGAGGGUUUUUUGAGCUGCAAGUUCUUCCAGCAACUGGGGGGCAACUGGGGCAACUGGUGCCCACGGGCCCCACGGGCCUUCGAUAUUUGUUUUGUGCCGCCCCGCCUAGGCACCAGGCGGUCGCAGGCCCAGGCAGUCGGCUCCAGGCACUUGAAUGUUGCAAUGGCGAAUUUGUUUUGUGUCACACAAAAUGCUUCGCCUUUGCAACAUUCAAGAGUGGACUAUUCCUCGAAAUGCAUGUGUUUUUUUUGUUGCCCGCGUUGCCAGAAGACCAUUUGA